UCCACAAGUUUCGGCUUUGACCGUAUUCAUUGUUUCUUCUUCUUCCUCUUUCUCCGUGACGCUGUUUCAGUACUGUGUACGAUCUGUGUAAAUCUCUCAGCUCACCCACCGUCCUUCACUCUUUCCACGCUUCUUCAGGGGAUUUCCUUUUCCUUCUUCUCCUUUUCGACUUUUCAAUCAUUGUUAGACGGAGCGAUUUUUUGGAGAUCUGUUUGUGGAUAAGGUUGGAACAGUAUGCGGUGGUGUUUGACUCUCUCAGUUGAUGUUUUUCGCAAAGUCAUUUCGUUGAACUUAUACUGUAAAGUUAUUCUGUAAUUCUUCUCCGAUCGUAGAUCGAUUUUUCUCCUUUCCUCAUCAUAUUCGUAUACAGUUAUCAUCCAUGGGAUCCAAUUUUCUCGUUGUUGUUCCUUGUUAUGUCCUCCAGAUUAGUUGAUAAACUUGUAUCUGUUUCUCUUCAUCUUCGUUCUCUUUGAGGAAUUCGGUUUAGUUUUCCGACUUCCAUUUUGUCUGUCUACUUUUUUCAAUUACGCGUUGAGAAGGUGUCUGGCUGUGUGAAUCUCAUUCGAACUUAGUGGACGAAUCUUUUUGAUUUGCAUAAUACGGAGACUGUUUACUCUUCUUCUCUGGUCAAUUGUGCUAUUAUUCCCCAUAUUGAAGGGCUAGGGUAGUAGUUAUGGUGUGCCAAGCAGCUACUCAAACAAGAUUUCGAGCAUUGAAACACGAAAAUGGGAUUGCUGGAAGUGCCACCAUAAUCGUUAGAGUCAUAGCAUGCUUUCAACCUCUCCAGGAUUGUCAGGCUGAGUACUUUCGUCAUUUGCUGAAACCAGUCACGUAGAUAGAUUCUGUAUUUCUGCGUUCGUAUUAAGCUGGCGUCUUUUAUUGUUUUUCUUAAUCCUGAAAGAUACAGAAACUGCAAUCACUAGUUUACAACGCCCUCUUUCUGGUAAAUUGUUUUGAUUAGAUGGGAGAAGCUUGGGAAGCAGGACGUCCUCCUAAGCUUCUGUUCGAUUGGCAACCAUCCCUGCUAAAUUCUUUCGGUAUUGCACCGAAUCUGGGCCUACCUAAUUCCAUUACUUCGAGUAUUAGCAACGAUAUGGUCAUGAAGAAUGGAACUUUUCCAGGGAACUCUGCAUUGAAGGUCCCUCAGUUGCAGGUAGGUCUAGUGAAUGAACCGUGUAAUUGGUUUCAUUGCUUGGGACCUUCACAGCAACCUACUUUACCCAUCAAGAGUCCUAUUUACAAUGAGAAUCUAGCGGCUCUAUCAAAAGGACUCUCGAAGGAGGCUGUGGCACCUCUUCCUUGCUCUGGAACUCAGCAGAAGGGGUUUCUUGUCAUUGAUCAGUCUGCAGAUAAGACAACUUUGGUUUUAUGUUCUGGAGUUGGUGGUCCUCUCCAGUUACUUACUUCAUGGAGUCCACAACCUACUACUGCUUAUAAGUUUAAUGGAGAAGCUACUGGAUAUAAACAAGACUUCAUUUAUGACUCAAAACUAGUUUUGUCAAAUGAUUGUGCUGAGAACCAUUUGACUGAUGAGCAGAGUGAGAUGCAAGAAGACACAGAAGAACUCAAUGCGCUCCUCUACUCGGAGGAUGAAAGUGAAUUUGAUGAGGAUGAUGAAGAUGAAGUCACUAGCACUGGUCAUUCGCCAAGCGCAAUGACAACUAAAGAUAAACGGUAUGCACUUGAGGAACAAAAUGAAGAAGUUGCUAGUUCUGCAGGUUCAACCAAGAAACGGAAAAUUGAUGGAGGUUAUGAUGUAAUGUCACUAAUGGACACUGCAAGUUCAUUGAUGCCUCGAAGGUCCCCCGAGUAUGAGGACGAUGCUGAAUCUAGUUGUGGAAACGAAGGAAGUCAGGAUGUGCAGGAUGUUGAUUCCUCAUCUAUCAACAAAAGGAUAAGAAAAGAGAAAAUACGUGAAACUGUCGGUAUUCUGGAGAGUUUAAUUCCUGGCGGGAAAGGCAAAGAGGCCAUUGUUGUACUAGACGAAGCAAUUCAAUACUUAAAAACCUUAAGACUUAAAGCGGCAGCGUUUGGUCUUAAUGCAUGCUGCUGAUGAUGAUAAGUACGAAUACGGUCAUGUUCAGUUGUAAUAGUUCCAUAUUUUUACAUGUUAUUUUGAUCGGAAGAGAAUGGUGGACCAUGUUGAAUAAGUUGGGGAACUCCAUGGGAUUGGUUACAUGGAGAAAUGGUAGAGUGAUUUGGGGGAAGUUAGAAGAAAUAUCUGAAUGAAGGCAAGUUUGGGUAAGUGAAAUCUGUUUAAAAAUGAGGCAAGUUUGGGUAAGUGAAAUCUGUUUAAAGGAAAGAGAGGAUGGCUAAGAUUUGCGUUUAAAAGUGGAGAAGAAUGAUUAGUCUACACUUAUUAUUAAAAGAAGGUAACAGCAACUCCCCCACCUGAACCAAGUGGGAAAUAUGGCUUUUUGUUGAACCAAAGUAUUUGGUGGGGUUGACAUAAAAGAAGUGCACGCCCUUGUUUACUAGGGCCCCCCAUCCUUUCUUAACAUCCCCUCUCUUGCAGUUGCAGUGGAGUUUGCUCGAUUUGCAGGUAAUGAAAGAGGAAGCAGUCAAAGGCUUCCACUUUCCGCUUGCCACAGCUUUACAACUGUUAGGAUUUUCUUUGAGGAAAAUGGUAGCUAAAUUUAGUUACUUUGGUUGUGACUUGUGAGUUAUAUAAUGAGGGUUGGUAUUUGAAUCCAAAUUUAAUUUUAGGGUUGCUGUCUUUAUGCCUGUGUAAUGUAAGUAGCGUCGCAUGCAAGCAUUUAUGAUAAUGAGAGCGAUGUCUUUACUCAUUAUUAUUAUUAUUAUUAUUAUUUUUUGGCUGUAAGUGUAGUUGAUAGGAAAAAAAAAAAAAAGAAAAUGAUAUAAAAUUAUGUAAUUUGUGUUGGAGAUGAUGAUGUGUACAGUAGAGAGUGGGGACCACGGGGAAGGGGGAGUUGGUGCAUUAUUAAGGAUAUGGAGGAUAAUGGGAUAUGAAUGUGCAUGUGAUGUGGCACGCUUGUGA